UUAGACAGUAAGCUUCACUCCAACCCCCUUCCGAUGUGGCUCAGUUCUCUUCGAGUGGUGAAUGUGGAUUCCCUGUCAAGUCACAGCCGCAAGGCGCCUUUGCGCUUUCCCUCGUUUUCUCUCUCUCUCUCUUUCUCUUCUCUUCGUCUCUUCUCACCCACUCACUCACCCUCACUACCCUGAGCACUCUUUAAUCUCUCGCAUUUCCUUCGCGUCAUCUUCUCAGGCCAGGCUUCUCAAGACCAGAGCCUCGUUCCCUGGGCUUUCUCUUUUUUAUUUUUAUUUUUUCCCCCCUACUUUCUCCCCUUCCCACCCAUUAUUUCGCUCGUUAUUCUCUCUCAUCCUCGUUCCCCGUGACUGCGGCUCUACUUAUCGAAAUACAUUUAAUACCCGUAAUCUAUCCUACUACUAUCGCUAUCCUCUCUAUUAUUCCCUCCCCCCUCCCCCCCACGCUUGCUUCUCUCUCUACUACUUCUCUUCACCACCUCAACUUGGACCACCAACAACUAACCAACAUUCUGAAUCCAUCGUUUUCCCCUUCCCUUUCCCCGUACUACUUCCACUGCUUGUCGCUCCACUCAGGAUUCCGUCCCGCUUAGCUGAACUCUCUUCUGCAAUCUUCAGUCACUUGUUUUCCCCUCGCUCGUGACUAAGUACUAGUACUCCAAGCUCGGGUCUUGGCCUCAUUUGUUCCUCACAUCACUAACUCGCUCCUCCCGGCUUACUGCGACGGUGGCUUACCCACUUCACGUUGCGCCCGCCACAUACUGAUUUAAGGGGCAUUCCUGAAUAAUCUUCAUUGCUUCUACGCCGCUUUCACUGCUUACGAACGCCGAGGCGCCCUGUUCUCCUCCAUGUCGAUCUA